ACCCAUUGCCUAACAUUUUUUUUCUUCCUAAUGCAGCUGCAUGGCAAUUUGCCAUUCAGCUUCUCCACUCAUCAGCAGCCCCUAAUGAUGCCACUAGUUGCAUGACUUUCUUUCAGUUAUAUCUACCCAACAUCCCCCUUCCCCCUCCCUUUCCUUCGGGCUCUUGCACAUGUAUACUUUUCUAUGCAGGUGUAGUUCUUGGUACCUGUGUACUUCUAUUUUGCGUUUGUGGGUUCAUCCUGCUAUACUGCAUGCUGGGGCUACAAUCGAACAUGCACAAUUUGUUUUUGUUUGGGACUCAACUAGGUGGUUGGAUAUUGACCUGAGAUUUUUUCAUCAAAUGUCAUUGCUUUUAGAUCCUAGUCCUGCUGAUUCAUAAUAAAAUUCGGCACUUUCUUUCUUUAUCCUUGACAAACAGAUUGGAGAAGAGCUUGGAGAAAUUUACGACUUUGUGGCCCCAUGUUUUCCUCCAAGGUUUGUCUCAGUCAAAUCUCUGAUUCUUUGAUUUCUUUCUUCUUCUGUUACUUUGGUUAUUGAGAUAUUGCUAGGUUCAUUCAUUGAUUUAUUAUUCAAUCUUACACCAGUGUUCUCUGAAUUUCUUUCUUUAGAUUGCUGGUUUUAGAAUGUCGAGUUUGUGAAUGAGACAAAUUACACUGGAAGUGUGCAAUAUAAGACUAUAUACUUUGCACAGGAUCUUCAUUAUUAUAGAACCCUUUCUUUAAUAGGGAAUUACAUUAAUUGUUAAUGAGUUUGUUAGAACAUUAAAGCUCAGCGCUUACUAUUUGAGCUCCUAACUCCGCUUGAAGUAAUGAUCCAUCCACUGGGAUGAAUACUUUCAUUAAUACCUGAUUAGGAUGUUCCUGUCUUCAUUUUACUUUUUUGGGACACACCACAAAGAGAGGUUUGAAAGUACAAAGAGAAUAACUGGGGCAUUCUUUGCAUUCUAAAUAAAAAACAAUGCACGAGACAGCUUGGAGAAUGAGAAAUGUGCUGAUUAUGGGAGACCAAUGGUAGAUACUAGCAAAGGUAGUAUAAGAUUUUUCUGCUUCUCUCUCUCGCUUCCUAGUAGGCAGUUGUUUCAUCAGGCUCAAGGAUUUUAUGUGUCUCAAUAUGGUCUGUCAAUGGGGUUUCUUCUCUCAGUUGAUGUGAUGUAUGCUGCACAUUGCGCUACUUUUCAUCAAAGAAAAAGGCUUUUACCCUUGUUUUGUUAGCUUAGCUUUUUUUAGUUAAAUAUCAUCACUAUUUUAUUUAACUUCUUUGCUUGUUAGUUAAGUCAUGCUCAUGUAUCAAUUUCUCAUCUUUACAGAUAUCAAAUAUUCCAGCUCAUGGUCAAUCUGUACACUGAGAGAUUUAUACAGAUGCUCAGAUUGCUGAGUGAUAGAGCCAGUAAACUUACGAAUAUAGAGAUUUUGAAGGUUACAAGUUGGGUGGUCGAAUAUCAAGAUAAUCUGAUGGGACUUGGUGUUGAUGAAACCUUGGCACAAGUAUGUUCAGAGAGUGGUGCUAUGGACCCCCUCAUGAAUUCCUAUGUUGAACGAAUGCUAGCUACGACAAAGAAAUGGUACUUAAAUAUACUAGAAGCUGAUAAGGUACAGCAGCCAAAGAGAAUGAAGGAUGGAAAGUUGUACACUCCAGCUCCCGUUGAAUUGUUCAGGAUUCUUGUGGAGCAAGUUCAAAAUGUUAGGGACAACAGCACUGAUGUCAUGCUUUAUAGAAUUUCUUUGGCUAUUAUUCAGGUGAUGAUUGAUUUUCAAGCGGCCGAAAAGAAAAGGCUCCAAGAACCAGCUUCUGAAAUUGGUUUCGAACCUUUGUGUGCAAUGAUAAAUAACAAUCUAUGUUGCCACGACCUUGCAAUGGAGCUCAGUACAAACAUAGGUGAAGCACUUCCGCAGAAUUAUGCUGUACAGGUUAGCUUUGAAGAUGCUUACAAAGGCUUCUUGGAGGUUGCAAAGGUACAAACGUUGAAUUGCUUUUUGUUGCUGUUUCUGGAAUCGAAAAUAUUUUAUCUGGCUGAAGGCCACCUGACUCCUUGCCUUAUUUUUGCUUGGCAACCCCCUUGACUCAGUCUCUCUUCUUCAUUUAGCACUUCAAAUUUGUUUAUUUAAGAUACUAGCUUACACCCUGCCCUUUGGGCAGGUAGUAAACCUAACAUAGAUUAAUUUUCUAAGCAAAACUGCAAUAUGUAUUAUUGUUUUGUAGUUUUUAAUUUGGAAAUAUGUAGCUAAGUUAAGGUGUUCAACUUUUUAUUGUAUUCUUGGCUAACUCUAUAAAACAUAGAUGUUUGAAAUUUCCAAAGUUUAUUAUAUCCAUUCAUGAUAUUUCAUCUAUCUAUCUAACUCAUUUUCUCGUGGAAGGUUUUGAAUUGUUUUCUCCUUGAUUCUGGUUUAUAAGGUAUGUACUUAGAAUCUUAUGUAAAAAUUGUUAAUGAAAAUUUUACAUAAUACACUAAUCGAAAUAGUCAUCAGGUUCAUCGGUUUAUAUGGUAUAAACCAUGAAGUUCUAAACCAUGAAGUUCUGUUGUAUAAAAUGUCGCACGGUUUGAAAAAUAGUUUUAACUUUUAAGAUUUGACAAAUUAAUAUGUAUUCUAGCAUGUAUAGAUUCUCAUUAAUAUUAUAAUAUUUUUUGUGUGCUUAAAUAAAAUGACGGAGAACAUUCAACUUAAACUUGAGUUUAAAACCGCCAGUUUCUCUUAGAAUACUACACUAAAAUUUUGUUCAAAUCCUAUUACGUAGAGGCAAAUAAUUGAUAAAAAAUGGUGAUAAAGUACUAAUUUAUAUGUAAUUGAUAUUUAGUUAUUUACUUUUUCCUUUUUAGUAGGUGCAUUUGUAAAAAGGAGGAGAAACAUACGUGUUUUAUUUUUUAUUGGGUAGAAUUGUAAAAAGAAAGGAGGAGAAACGGGAAGAAGCAGUUACCAAUUUUUUUCCCCACGAACCGUUGCUAUUUAUCAGAGUGUUUGAAACUUUGAAUGGUAAAAACAUGAAUGUUUUCGUUUUAAAGGGUGCUGAUAUGGCAGCAUAGAUUUAGUUCAAGGUUGAUGUGGCAGGGUGCUAAUCUCAAACCCUUUUAAUAUUUUUAUAGAUAGAUUGGACCCUAUGAUCUUUAAGAAUCGGUGACUUGGUGCCAUGAUCACUCGACUAUAGCUAAUCGACAAGUCAACUGGACCUAAGAAGACUUUAAGGAGCUAUUUCACCUGGGAGGAAACAAAAUUUUAGGGGCUUCCUGACCCAAAUAGCUAAUUUCAGAGUGGCAACUGACCUUGAGCCUUUUUUUCAUUUUCAUUUGCCUUGUUGUAGCCGCGCCUUAUAACCAGACUAGAUCAGAGUGGUAUAUUUUGUAAGACCAACAGCGACAUGAACUCCAGACUUAGAGUUGCAGAUCAAAGUUUAUUGAUUAAGUCGUUAUAGAACUUCAAUUAGUAUUCAAUAUAAGAUUUUAUCGACCCACAAAGUUUUUUUUGAUGGAAUUGAGUGGGUUAUUUUAUGGGUAGAGAAUAUACGGAACAUGCAGGGGUUAUACCAUAGUGUGCGAGUAUCUUCUUGCUGAUGCAUCCUCUAAAAGUUAUCAAUAUGCAAGCAGGAGGGAGCCAACUAUUAUCAGAAUGGCAAAAGGAUGGGGCCCCCUGAGCAAUAGAAGGACAUACUAGUUGAAAACCGAAAUAAGGCACAAAUUUAAAAGAUAAUGUUGAUUCUCUUGAUUGACGAGUGGAUAGUUAUCCUCCUACGCAGUUAGCAUCAGUCAUGGACAGGAUCCGCUACUGAUUUUUCUCUGUCUUGUCAGAAUGCAUGUACUACAGAUCCAAUAUCUAGAUGAUUUACAUAGCUGACUUUACUUUUUUCCAGGGUUGUCCACUCUGUUAAAAAACCAAGCAGUUAGUAUGCCAUUGUGAUUUUAUCAAAUAUUGAGUAUGGUCAAUGUGCUCCUUUUACUUUCUUUUUCCAUGAAUGUGUAUUGUUGAUUUGGAGAUGAAGCGCUUGAUGGUUCUUGAUGCAUUCUUUGUUUAUUCUAUAGAUUGAAAUUUGGGUGCAGGCUUAGUGUGGUACCUCAUAUUUCUAACGAAGUUUGAUAUCCUCUUUGUGCAAAUUGUUGUAAUUGUAGGAUACAGUGCAUCAAACAAUUAAGGUUAUCUUUGAAGAGCCAGAGGUUGAAGAGUUGCUUGUCAAGCUUUAUCAGAAUGGUAAAUUUAUCUUUUUGAAACUGAACUGCUGAACUAAGUUGAGAUAAAAUCAGAUACGUCCGGUAGUUAUCUUGUAUGUGCUGUGAUCACUGCACUAUACUGUCAGGUUGGUCACGUUUCUUGAAGUCGAAAGUUACUGAUUAGGUUCUGCAACUAUAGGAAGUGUGACUGUCAUUUCAAUCUUAGAUCUUAAACAGCAUAAAAGAAACAAAGAAGAAAUUAGGUAAAGUUUGCUUUACCUGCCUCAAAAGCCAAAUAUAUUGUGGUUUUACUGAUCUAGUAGUGACUAUCCAUGGUUCAUGCAUCUGCUAGUGAAGGACAGAAGCAUACUUAGUGAACAUUUAGCUUGCGCUUCGAAGUUAAGGGUUUACCAAUUCCUUGGAGUAUCUUUUCUAUUAAAAAUAGUGUGUGGAUACCAACAUAUCAUCUGUUUCCCAUCUCUAUGAGAAUUUAUGACGAGCCAAUGGUUUUUUGAUUGAUUGAAGGCCCUCCUACCAUAUUCAAUUAACUUUCGAAAAUGCU